AUGGAUCUUCCCAUUGGCGUCUCUUAUGCGGCAGAGCGCGUAGGAAAGAGCGAGGAAUCCUUAGCAUCCGACUCGGCAAGUAAUUCAGGAUGUGAAAGCGGCAGCAUCGAGGUGCCGCCGCGUUCUGCCCCUCUGGAUAAGCGGGUUACUACCCGCGAUUCCAAAGUUCCCCUUGGUUCGACCCUUGCAGCAGACGCACACAAGCACGACGGGAAAACUCAAGUAGACACCAAGCGCAAUCUUCACGAGAUGCAUCAGAGCAAGGACGCGCCUGCAGGAAGGAGGCGGCACCAGCAGCGACAGCCAGGAGCUGGCGCAUGGCCUUCAGCUGGUGCUGUUCGCGCGUCGUCAGUGUCAAAGGCAACUGGAUCGGGUACUGCCUGCCUUGCACCUCGGCGGCUUCGUUCAAAGGCUCCCCCUCGUGUUGCCUGGGUAAACGAGAAAUUCAUGAGAGAGCUCGCUAGCGACGAUCAGAGAGCACCUCAACUUCCAGUUUGUGCGAGUUUCGUCUAUUCCUUUUGUCACGUCGAAGGAUACAACAUCCGUGCAGUCCAUCAGGACGCCUUGCAGAAGCGCGUGCAGUGCCGUUUUCUGGGCGACGCGGACAGUGUUUUGAUGCUCGAAGUUGACGACAGCUUGCACCUCGCUGACCCCAAGGCCCGGAGCCAGGAAGCGUUUGAAGCGACCUGUGGCUUUCACGGCCCAAUGAGCGGUUUCUCUGAUCUGGAGGUUGGUGUUCAUUCGUGUACCAGUGCAGUGCUGGCUGUGGGGGAUGGUGAUGAGUCAAAUUGGGGGCCAAAUAGUCCGCUUGCUGGUAAUCCUUCCCGCGUGUCUGUAGCCUCCAACGGCUGCACUGCCUUUCACUAUAGUUCCUCUGAGAUUGAAGCCGCAGCAGCUGGAGGUGCUCGCUUGCUGAGAAGAGGAAUGCGCUCUCUGUCCAUAAAUAGGCAACGCUACGAUGCGACGAAUGUUACGGUUGCCUUUAUAUUUGAAAAAGGUCCCGUCAUCAUGUGGGUAGCCGCAUCGGACAGACGGGCUCAGGAGUCGAGGGGACGACGAGAAUUACUGUCUAGCCUCCUAUUCUUCCUCAGCCAGUUUGCAACGAGGUUCAUUAGAGCAGAUAUGGUGCAGGAGGACGUGAUGCGUUAUACAUAUAUCCGUCAAGUCCGAAAGCAAUGCCCUGCCUUUGAGGUUCCCAAAACGAGAAUUCUUCAAGACUGUAUUUAUCUGAAAACCGAAUCUGUGGCCGAGAAGUUGGCGGCGUCUUUCGCGCUUUCGCAGUCCAUCCGUCUUAGCGUCUACGAGUCAUUAAUAAACUUCACCAUUGCUCGAGUCCGUGCCAUCCCAGAACGCAUGGCUCGCUUCGGGUCUGCAGAAGAGGAAGAACAACCUGCGACAGCCUUAGCGGUGUGGACUCUAGUACGGAGGUGUUUCCGGAUGACGUCUUCCAGAACACUUCCUUCUCCUGCACUUAUGCAACCCUUGGCUUGGAGCUGUCUCUGCGGGGAUCUUCUGGGUAAAGUCGUCGACGUCAAUAUCGUACAAGACUUCCGAGAUGUCCCCGAAUACUUCUGGAACGACGACACGUGGCAGCACUUCUGGGCAAGAUUAUACAGUCACCUUGAAAUCCAAAAGCGGAUAAACCUCCUUAACAAUCGCUAUUUCUGCAUCCACGAACUUCUGAAAGUGGUCAGAGAGGAGCGAAGAACGAGGCAGGAAUUCCGCAUGACUUGGAUUAUUGUGUUCCUCCUUUUCUUCCAGGUGAUUGCACUGGUGCUCAGGAAUUUCGUCAUUCAUCCAUAUAUGGAAUAA